AUGUUUGAAGCAUUGCAGGAACAAAUUCAGAAUCUUACUCAACUGGUUAUGCAAGCAACAAACAACCGUCAUUGUGGGGAUGAAAGCGACCAUGAAUCUGAUCAUAUUAGGGAUGCUGAGAAUGAGAUCAAUGACUUAGUUCAUAUCUCCGAGUUUGAUGGAGAGAUGGAGCUAGAUGCAAUUUUGAAUUGGAUAGAAAAUAUUGAAAGCUAUUUUGAUUGGAAAGAUAUGCUUGAAGAAAGAAAUAUGAAGUUUGUAGGAGCAAAACUAAGGGGUCCAGCUUCUACAUGGUGA